CAGGUUCAGUUAUUGAGUGAAAACACCAACAGACUCAGACAUUUAGAACAAACUAAGAGUCAGAUCAGCAGAAACAGAGAACACGGACAUGUCUGCUGUAACUGCGUCACUCUGCUCCACGCUGAUGUUUGUCCUGUUCGUCUCUGCAGACCAGAAAAACAUCACAGCUGAGUCUGGACAGGACGUCACUCUGACAUGUCGAGCUCCAAGCAACAACAUCAUAGUUGUAAAGUGGAGCAGAGCUGACCUGGGAGAUGAAUAUGUGCUUUUGUACCGGGAUGAGCAGUUUGAUCCGGAAGGGCAGCAUCCAUCUAUUAAGAACCGGGUGGAUCUGCAGGACAGACAGAUGAAGGAUGGAGACGUGUCUUUGAUUCUGAAAGAUGUGACGAUUAAUGACACUGGAACAUACGAGUGUCAUGUUGUCCAGCGAGUGAGAGGACCUUUGACUCUAAUCAACAGCACCUACCUUCAUGUUGUUCCUCCAGGUGAGAAGGCGGAUGGAUCUGUUGGACUGAAAGUUGGUCUGUCAGUUCUUGUUGUGCUUCUUCUUGUUGCUGUUGUUGGUUUCUUCAUCUACAGAAGCUGUAAACUGAAUUCUGCUGAUCCACAUGUAGCAGAGCGUCUUCAGCCUCCACAGCCUGAAUAUCAGAAAAACAUCCCCACUGAGUCUGGACAGGACGUCACUCUGACAUGUCGAGCUCCAAGCAGCGAGUCAGAGAAAAUGAGCCAACAGCUUCAUCAACUUGAUUAUUGA